UAUAACUAGAGUAGGAUCACUUUUCAUCGGCAUACUUGCCAAAUUCACGGUAAAUUAUAUGUUUAGUAUUAAGUUCCGCCUGGUGGCCGGAAUAAUUUGAGAUAAACGGCGACCCCCGUGUCCCGUGGGAGACUAGGGUCGCCGGCAACACACAUUACAUUUCUAAACUAGUCCUUUCACAAGCUCAGCAAAAUGUAUAAAAACUACAUUUAUGAAGACAACAUAGGUUUUCCGUAUAAUUUAUUGGUUAGAGUAAAAUUAACUAAACAGUAACGUCAAUAAAAAAUGUCGCGAUCGAGAUUUGAAUUAUUUAUUUUAUUACUUACACAACACUGUACACUGAGAGAACACGAAUCGAUCUGAUUAAUAUCGGAUUAUUUUUCGGACAUGCUGAAAUCAACUUUUUGUAUGUUAUCCUGCUUUUGUUUUUUCUUACAUUAAAUACGAAAUUUUUAAUAAUCAUAAAUAAUAUUUUAGAGCAAAUAAAGAAUUUUGCUUAUUUUCUUUUUCAAAUAAUAUACACUUAUCUGUGCUUCGCGUUUUGUUAAACGAAAUAAUGAUUAAUAAUUGCUGUGAUUAGUUUUUGAUCACUCGGAGUUUUACUAAUCAAAUAAAAACAACUCGAAUUAGUUAGGUUAAGUUGAAAAAUUGGAACGUGGUCGAAAAUGCUCGGGUUCCUUCUAUGAACAAUUUGAAUUUAUGUACAUUUAUAAAUUGGUGUGUUAUUUAUUUAAAAUUAUAAAGUAAACAUAAAGAAUGAAAUAUUUCGGAAGUGCUGUAUAAUUUUCAAAAUUUAGUGUAAAAAGUGUCAAACUAGGUUUGAAAAGCUUACUAACGAAUUUUUACUAUUGAGUUAAAUAUUUUCUGGCAACUUUAUUGCAUGGAAGAAAAGUCAUGGAACAUCGUGAAAUGUCCGGAUUUUUGUUUAGAGCAAAAACGGAGAGGAAAGCAUUGGAGAUAAAAUUCUAUUUUUUGAGUGUAAAAAAAUCAACAAAUGCUCAAAGUCAAAUUUGAAGUAAUGUAGUUUUAUGAUUGGUGUGUUAAUUAUUUAAAACUAUAAAGGAAACAUAAAAAAUGAAAUAUUUUGGAAGUGAUUGCUAACUCCUUAAAAAUUGUACCUAUAUGACCACAAAUAACAUUGAAAUGUCAACGAAAUUUGUCUAUGUUUCAAAAUUUUCUGCCAAAAUUGUCAAACUAGCUAGGAAAAACUUUCUAACGAAUUCUUAUCACUAAGUUAAAAAUUUUCUGGCAACAAUAAAGCAACCAUUAGAGAUUAAAUUCUACAUUUUUGAGUGUAAAAAAAUCAACAAAAGUUCAAAGUCAAUUUGUUCGAUGAAGACCACAAAUCACCAUAAGUUUAAUUAACACAGGACGGACGAAGUGACUGACUUAUGCAACAGAAGUGAGAAAAAACCGUUGCGCUUCUUCUCUCAGCGUACACGGUCUGUGCCGCACAGAUGCGUCAUUUUAUUAUAUCCUCAACACUUAUAUCUAAAAACAAAAAAUAUCAACCGGCAAAUAAUAAAUUGGUAUUCCUAAUCGGACGGCCAAUUAAAUUCGUUCCUCGUUAGACCCAACGGUCGAGGUUAACCAAAAGCGAACUUAAAACAAUAACAUCCGAAUUGGCUUCGACAACAUCGAAGCGGCCUUGAAGGCGGGCCCAGGCGCAGCCGCAUCUCUAAGCGUAUGUCUUCUUCUUCUUCUUUUUUAUUAUUUCGCGCGCAUUGAAUGCGCGCCAAAAAUAGUUUCUCGCGUAUUAUUGCGCGAAUUUUCCCAACGUCUCGUGCCGAUUCGAUUUCCGCGAAUUCCGAUCGCGAAUUUCGCGGUAAUCGCGGCUCCGUCACGCGUAUUCCGAAGGUCUUGUACCUGGUGCCGUCGAUUAUAAUACGAAAGACGUCGCGAGCGCACGUAAAUGGGUAUCGUGUACGGCUAUUUCUUCCCGGACACGGGCAGGACCGACGAUCCAGACGCCGUCACCGGUCUGACGUCCAGAGAUAAGUACCUGGUGAAGACCUCCUGGGCUAACGUGAUGAAGAACCCGACGGCCAACGGAUGCGCCCUGCUUUUAUUGUUGUUCAAAAAGUACCCCGAGUACAUUCAGCUGUUCCCGUUUCGGGACGUGCCGUAUUCGGAACUGCGGGAGGCCAAACGAUUCCAGGCUCACUGCAACAGCGUCGUGUUUGCUCUCGCGUCCAUAGUGGACGCCCUGGGAGACAACGACCUGCUGAUACACCUCUUGCGCAAGACCGGUAGCAGUCACGUGGCCAGAAAAGUCACGCCCGAAGCUUUUCACCGUCUGAAAAACUGCGUCGUGGAACUAUUCUCGACGUUUAUGAACGAGGAAGAAAUAGCGGCCUGGACCAAGACUUUGGAUGUGGCCUUCGCCCAGAUCGAUGAGGGCAUCAAGAACGCGAAAUAAUUUUAGUUCGUCGGACAAUUUUUGUGACGUCACUGUUUUGUGUAUCUUUCGUAUACGGACCGGUUAUAGUUUUUUUAGCGAUUUUAUUUAAACGGGGCCGUUUUGCGAACGGCUGUUUCGUGACGUGAAUAAAAUAAUCGAUGCUAAAACAGUUGUAUAAUUUCAUUCUAUAAUACUUAAUAAUUUCGAGUAUCUGUGGGAAAGAAAAAGUGGCAUUUUUCUAAUAAAUAUACGUGCCUGCC